AUGACGAUCGACGAAUACAUUGAACGUCAAACCGAUCUCUUCAGGCGCAUCUGUCGCACUCUCGAAAACUUGCGCAAGCUCGGUGAAGCAAAAACAACCCUCGGGCAAGUGCAAUCGCGAUUAGAUGCUUUAAAUUCAAAUUGGCUGAAGUUCCAAGACAUGCACGAGACAGUCGAUCAAAUUAGAAUCGCAGCAAAAGGUGAUCAACUCGACGCUAUCAAAAGACUUUCGUAUUUCGCGAAAGACUAUUACGGACAGUGCAAAGAGCAAUAUUUAAACGCGAAGGGAGAGAUGCUCGAUCUACUCGGAACUCUCAAGACUCUAUCGGCACCGAUCGUGCCAACAGCCGUAGCCCCCCAACUCACAACUGGAGGAGCCUCAAAACGGCUACCACGCAUCGAAUUGCCUACGUUCUCGGGCAAUUACUCAGACUGGAAGUCUUUCCACGACCUCUUCACAUCAAUCGUUCGCGAAAAUUCGCAACUCUCGGAAGUGGAAAAACUGCACUACCUAAAAACAAGUCUUACCGAUGAACCGUCACAACUCAUUAAAAACAUCGCUCUUACCGCUGAAAACUUCCCUCGAGCCUGGGAAACUCUCGUCUCACGGUACGAAAACAAGAGACUUUUGACGGAUUCUCAUCUCGCGACACUUUUCGCGAUUCCUCGUGUUACGAAAAAGUCGUCAUCAGAACUGAAGAGCUUGCACAGCAACACUUGCGAGGCUCUUGGCACACUCGAACUUCUCGAUAGUCCCGAGAAAUUAGGGGAUCACAUCAUCGUGCACAUGACGAUUCGCAAGCUCGACCCAGCAUCUCUCGAAGAGUGGGAGAAAACUGUUAGCGAGAAACUCGAGCCCCCCUCUUUUGCGGAGCUCAAGGCGUUUCUCAUCGGUCGCAUCCACACCCUCGAAGCCGUGGAGCAAGCUCAUGCUCAUAAUCAAAUCGCGACGUCGAAACCGCACUCAUCGCAAGGAAGGUCAAAUCUUCAGACGACAAGGUCACAUACAGCGCAAUCAAAGGAACAGUCGUGUGCUUGUUGCAAAGGCAACCACUACAUCGCGUUCUGUUCGACCUUUCGCGACAAAUCUCGGGAUCAAAGAAGGGAAGUGGAUUCUGCGAAAAAGCUUUGCUUGAAUUGUCUCGGUCCACAUCAGCAGAAGGACUGUCGAUCCAACAAAACGUGUCGCGUGUGCAACGGUCGACAUCAUUCCUUGCUGCAUCGAAACUCUUCUUCAAUCUCGACAGCUGCCAACAGCGGCACAUCUCAAGGACAGGCCGCAGUAGCGCAACCUGCGGUGCAGAACGCACCGAUCUCGAACAGCGCCUCUCAGGUGAGCAACCACUCAGCUCAGCCUACAAUGAUCAAGCGCUCUCCAGUUCUUCUCGCCACAGUGCAAUUGAUCGCUUCGAAUCCGGAGACUGGAGAAAGAAUCAUCGCUCGCGCUCUACUCGAUCAAGGAUCCGAAAGUUCAUUCGUCACGGAGUCGCUAGCGCAACAAUUGCGACUACGUCGGCAUCAAGCAACGAUACCGAUCAUUGGCGUCGGAGCUCAUCAAUCGGCAGUGACUCGCGGCAUCGCGACAUUGCAACUCCAAUCUCGUGCUCACACCUCGUUCUCAUGUCAGGUGGAGGCACUCGUGCUUCCACGACUCGCAUCGUAUCUACCCUUAUUUCGACUUCUCGUCGAAGACUGGCCUCAUCUACGAGGACUCAACCUCGCGGAUCCAAGCUUUGCACAUCCCAGUCAAAUCGACGUAAUUCUCGGAGCUGACAUCUACAGCAACAUCAUUGGUCAAGGAGUUCGAAGAGGAGCACCAGGAACACCAAUCGCGCAAGAAACUCAGUUCGGUUGGGUCCUCUCCGGCUGCGUUUCAGCGGAAGCAGCAAGCCCCUCGUAUAGCGCAGUCCAAGGCUUCCAAUGCUCCCUCGAUCACGAACUGCUCGAUCUCGUGCAGCAGUUUUGGAAGCGGGAAGAAGUGUCGAAACCUUUGGCACUAACUUCCGAAGAAGAGCGUUGUGAGCAACACUUUCGCGAAACGGUUUCUCGAACUGCGUCCGGUCGUUACGUAGUUCGGCUGCCGCUCAAAGACAAUUCGGUAGAGCUCGGCAACUCGCGGAAUCCCGCGCAUCAAAUGCUCCUUCGUUUGGAGAAAUGGUUCGGUAGCGACGCGAAACUCAAGGAGGCUUACUCGAGCUUCCUUCGUGGAUAUCGUGAACUCGGGCACAUGCGUCGCUCUAUCAAUACACCUGAAGACAAUUCCCGCGUGUUUUAUCUUCCCCAUCACGGUGUAGUUCGCGACAGCAGUUCAACAACAAAGUUGCGUGUCGUGUUCAACGGGUCUCAAAGAACCAACCUCGGACUCUCUCUCAAUGACAAUCUUCUCGUCGGUCCAAAAGUGCAAACCGACCUCGCGGACGUUCUCUUACGCUGGCGACAAUAUCCAGUCGCGUUCUCAUCAGACAUCGUCAAGAUGUACCGACAAAUUUUGGUCCACAAUGAUGACCAAGAUUUUCAGCGAAUCCUCUGGAGGGAAGAACCAGAGCUACCGAUUGAAGAAUAUCAACUGACUACGGGAACGUAUGGUCUUGCAAGCGCUCCGUAUCUCGCGAUCCGUGUUCUUCAUCAACUCGUUCAGGACAAAGGUAAGCAGUAUCACUUUGCGAGCCACGUCAUUCUCGAGAACACGUACGUCAACGACAUCCUCUCAGGAGCAGAGGACGUUGAUCAAGGUCGCGAGAAAAUCAACGAACUCAAUUAA